CGGGGGGGCGCGCGCCGCUGCGGCAAGGCCGGUCCCCGCGGCGGCUGGUGGCGGCGCGGCCUGCGCGCGCCUUCCCGGCGGAUCCGGCGCGGAGCGCUGGAGCGCUGUAGGCUGCGGCGAGUAAGCGGAGGCGCGGGUUCAGGCGCGAAGCCCCGGGAGGGCGAGCGCGGCGGCGGGCGUGGCCCGAGUCCCGCCUUUGUGAUCAAGUGGUGUCUCCUCGGGGCGCCCGCGGCGGCCCGGACCCCCGGAUCGAAAGGCCGCGGGAGCGAACUCGGCGCCAGGAGAACGCCGGCAGAUGGGCGACCGGCGCCUGCCUUCGUGCUGAGGGUGAAGUCUGGCCGUCGGGGAAGGGAGGUCACACGCUGCCGAGACUGUAAACACAGUCCCGGGGACGGCUGAAGUCUAACUUGACUGCUGUCCGCAGGCCUCCGGCGGCUCGUGCCAUCCGCCCGGAGACCCGGGACGAGCCGGGGAGUGUCCUCUGCAAAACGCGGCCGGGCGCGUUGGUUCUGGCGACUGACUGCAUCCGGUACGCCGGGUGGUCGUGGCACUUCCUCCUCACCUCGGAGCACAGAGCGCCUCUUGCUCGGUCUUUUCAUCCUUGCUCCGGAGACUUCCCCGCCGCCCACAAGUUACCGCCUCUCCUCGGCGGCUCUGAGUGCCACAGAGAUCCUUAACCGUCAUAUAGGCCAAGAAACCCUGACUCUCUUGAAGACAAUGUGAGGAAAGAUAGUGCUUUCUUGGAAUCUGACACCAGGAUGAAGAAUCUAAGACACAGAGAUUGAGUGCCCAAAAUCAUAGAGUUUCAGUUAAUAGCAAACAGAAGAGUAUCCUGGAUUUUGGAGACCUCAUCCUGGAGAUUCUACCAUAUGUUGACAUGUCUUUUCUUAAGAGUCAUGAGCUUUGCUUGGCCUAUUGUGUGCUUUGGAUUGUUCCUUGCUAAAGACAAACAAUAGAGGGAAGAAUAACUUCUAGAAUCAGUAAUGUAUGAAAGACAAGAUGGUUUUGGGAAACAGUGUGAUGGGAUGGAAAGAGUAUGAAAAUCCAAGGACCCAGUAAGGAAGUUGAGACAGAAAGACUGAGGAACUGUCCAGGGGGCCACCAUUAUAAAAGGUAGAGUCAUAAUGGAAGAUCAUAAUUUUGGAGAAAAGCAGCAAGCGAUCUCUAAGAUGUAUCCAUGCACGUCUUACCAGUCUGCCAGUGUUCUUUGAGAGAAACAGCAACAGGCAGUUCAGGAUACAGAAUCCAAGGAUGAAUGUUCACCGCAGCAGUGAGGGCGACAGGUUAUUGCGACAGGAGGCCAGCUGCCUAGUGGAUGAUACUUCAGCUGCAGCCCAAGAGAAAGAAACAAAUGGCUUAGCUUCAUCUGGUCUUCAUAGUCUUACUUAUCCACUAGGUCCCAGGAAUGAAGACCUUUCACUUGACUUUGCCUCUCCGCCAGCAAAUCUUCAGUUCUCUCACAUAAUGCCACUUCCUGAUGACAUCAAAGGCUCUUGCUUCCAAAAUGGAAAUAAACGGAACCAUGAACCCUUUAUUGCUCCAGAAAGAUUUGGAAACAGCAGUGUAGGCUUUGGCACUAACUCCCAUUUCCAAGCACCAGAGAAAGUGACGCUUCUUGUAGAUGGCACACGUUUUGUUGUGAAUCCACAAAUUUUCACUGCUCAUCCAGAUACCAUGUUGGGAAGGAUGUUUGGGCCAGGAAGAGAAUACAACUUCACACGGCCCAAUGAGAAGGGAGAGUACGAAAUUGCCGAAGGAAUCAGUGCGACUGUAUUUCGUACCGUGCUGGAUUAUUACAAAACUGGUAUCAUUAAUUGUCCUGAUGGCAUCUCUAUCCCAGACCUUAGAGAUACAUGCGAUUAUCUCUGCAUUAAUUUUGACUUCAACACUAUCCGAUGUCAGGAUCUGAGUGCUUUACUGCAUGAACUGUCUAACGAUGGUGCUCAUAAGCAGUUUGAUCACUACCUCGAAGAGCUGAUCUUGCCCAUCAUGGUGGGCUGUGCCAAGAAAGGGGAGCGAGAGUGCCACAUUGUUGUGCUGACAGAUGAGGAUUCUGUGGACUGGGAUGAAGACCAUCCUCCACCCAUGGGGGAGGAAUAUUCCCAAAUUCUUUAUAGCUCCAAGCUCUACAGAUUCUUCAAAUAUAUUGAGAAUCGGGAUGUUGCAAAAACAGUGUUAAAGGAACGAGGCCUGAAAAACAUUCGCAUUGGAAUUGAAGGUUACCCUACCUGUAAAGAAAAAAUUAAGAGAAGACCUGGUGGCCGGUCUGAAGUCAUCUAUAAUUACGUACAACGCCCCUUUAUCCAGAUGUCAUGGGAAAAGGAAGAAGGAAAGAGUCGCCAUGUAGAUUUCCAGUGUGUUCGAAGCAAAUCCCUCACCAAUCUGGUAGCUGCUGGUGAGGAUGUCUUGGAGGACCAGGAGAUACUAAUGCAUCACCCUCCCCAAGUGGAUGAACUUGACCGGCUAAAUGCCCCACUUUCUCAGAUGGCUUCUAAUGACUUUCAGGAUUAGGGCUAGCUGUGGGUCCACCCCUCACUGGAGCUCUUCUCAGUCUGAGAUGCCCACAGCCAGCCCUCCCCAGCCUCCCCAUGAUCUGUCUCACCCAAAGUAGGAGAUAUGCUUCUCCCCUAUCCUUUUCCUUUCUCCCAUAAUUAACAUGUGUCCUUUUCAGUAAGUCCAUGCCUCUGGCAGGGGAUGAAGAAGUACUCACUGGUAAUUAAGCUACCAGCUUUGCAGCAGCCCUGGUAACUUGAAAAUUUUGGAUCUGGUGCUGUUCACUGAGUCUUUGUAUAACUGCAAAAGCAGGAAAGGAAGUCAGGACUCCCCCCCGUGUUUAGCAAAGCAGUCCUUGUCAUUUAUACUUUCUUCUUGAGUUUUGUUUUUUUUGUUUUGUUUUGUACCAGACAAAUUGCUUAGUAGCAAAGGGACCAAACUUAAAAGGAGACAAUCUGUGUCUUCUAAAAGCAGGCACUAAUGGGAUGCUCAUUAGAGGUUACUGAAGAUGCUAUGCUUGGUGGCCUGUGCACUCAGAUUGCAUGUGGGGAGAACUAGACUCUCAUUCAAAAUGUCCAGAAGGAAAUUCUUAAGAGCUUAAUUCAGUUUUGUUUCUCAUUAAUGCAGUGAACAAUCCAAAACAGAUUCCUUGGCAGGAAUGAUAAUGGAAUAUCAGUGUUUGUGAAACCUUUUUAGCUUUCAGGUUUCUGAGCCUAAACAAGUUGAUAAUUCAUUUGGAAUGAAACUCACAACUCAAGUAGAAGAACCUCUCCAAAUCAGGCCAAUUGGAUUAUUGUGGCUUGGAAUCUGGUAUGUAAACAUAGGUUUUGACACCCUUGGGCAGCGUAUUGCUGUGGGUGUGACUGGGAGUCCUUAAAUAUGGAUUAAAGGCUUUCAAGAUGAGGGUAGAAAUUUCUCACAAAUGCUCAGUUUCUCAAUAGAAAGACUUAAAAGAGUUCUAGGGAGGGGGUAUUUGGGAUGAAGCUGGGUGGAAAACAUCACCUGCACAGGCUCUGUCUUGGUGUAGGAUUUUUCUAUGUAUGUAAUUUUCAUACCAUGGAUUUUUUUUUUUAAUAUCAGUAUAUUUCAGUUUUUGAAAUAGCCUAGCUGCUCACAUACUGGGUAACAAAAUGAUACUAAUGUCAUCCCUAAAGAGUGAUUUGAAGGGAAAUUAGGCCUAGGCCUAGUCAUUUCAUUUGAUCUGUCAGCUGUGUUAAGUGUAUAGUAAAUGACAACCCAGACCACUGACUCCAUGUGCACCUUCCUCUUCCUCUCUCUCUAUUAAAGCAGAGCUAAAUUUAGAGUCCAGAGCCAGAUAAAAGUAUUUUGAGAUUAUCUCACUUUGUAGAAGUUGACCUUCCAAUCAUAAAUACCCUAUCAUACCUGGGGUAUUUACUCAUCACAAAUUGUGAAGAGGUACAUAGUCUCCAUUAAGUUCUUUGAAAAUAUGAACAAUAUGAAAGAGUGUUUUUCUUAAAUUCCAUUCGCAUAAGAUAAUACAGGUUGAGCAUCCCUAUCCAAAAUGCUUGGGACCAGAAGUGUUUUAGAUUUUUUCAGAUGUUGGAAUAUUUACAGAAUAUUUGCUGGUUGAACAUCGCACAUCUAAAAAUCUGAAAUGUUCCAAGGAGUAGUUCUUUUGAACAUCAAGUUGGCACUCAAAAAAGUUUCAGAUUUUGGAGCAUUUCUGAUUUUGGAUUUUUAGAUUUGGGAUGCUCAACCUGUAUAGGGCAAACUACUUGAUUCCAUUUUUAUGACCGCCCUAGUUAAAAUCCUCCAAAGGUAAAAGUUAGAUGGUGUUGAAAACUCCUCUUUCCAGGCUUGAAGAACAAGAGUGUGCUUAUGUUUCCUGUGCAUGUGACCAACAUCACAGCGGAAAUCACAGCUCUGUUGCUUACUUAGAAAAACUAGUAGUAAGGGGUUAACUGAGCCAUCCUUUACCUAGAAUUCUUCUGGUAACCAUUGGCAUCCAUUUACAAGGCUGAAUGGCCCAGGGUCAAAGGUUAGGGUUAUUUGUAGCCAGAAGAAAGUUUUAUUUCUGUGAAACUAAUUGGCUCAUAUUUGAGGUCAGAUUUGGUCUUGACCUUACUGGCACCACAUUCAUACCCACUAGCAGUUAGCCAGCCCAGAUAAUUGUUAAAUGGUGCUUCCUUUAUGUUUCUCAGUGGACUUCCAUGCCAUUACAAUGGAAAUUUGAAUUAUCUAAUGUUUGUGUAUUCUAUUAUACAGAUUAUGUGUUGUUAACAUUUAAAUAUAAACAUGCCACAGCUAACACUUUAAAACUAAUUAGUCCUUGCUUAGGUAAAAAGCCAGAUAUGAAAGUAUGGCAUAUAUGUGACUCUUUGUUCUAUGUAAUCGAUCAAUUUCCUCAGGCUUUCAAGAACUAGGUCUUUUCCCCCAAAGUGAGUUAACAUGCAUUUGGCCCCAACCUAUGGGGUGUAAGCUGGAAAUCCAUGAAGGUAUAUCUGCUAUUGUUACCGGGUGGUAGUGACUAAAGGAGAAGCUGGGACCACAGGUUCCUUCUGGUGGAGAGAGAAGUUUCUUCUGCACCACUCUCACUCCACUCCAAGGUGGAGCUCAGCAUCACUGUAAUUUGGUGGCUCCUCCUGGCCAAUCCUGCUCUAUUCCAGGGCCAGGACAUUCCACGAUGGCAGGACCUCUCAGUCCUCACAGGAACAAGAGCUGGGCUUUGGUCAUCCCCUUCAGAGUCAGUUACUGGCCAGAUGGACAAGAGGCCUUUCUCUCUAAUAAAAAAAGGUAGAACUCGGGUUUGGUGUUUUUUCUAAGUGCCUAAAUAAGUAAGCCAGGCUGUUUAUACAGAAACAUUUUCAUAAGAAAAUGGUUUUAGCUAGAGUAUUUCAGAGCAUCUCAGCAAGCCAAGAUGAAUCUGAAUUUGAGGUUUAGAAUCUUGAGUUUAUGUCUGCAUCAUAUCGUGUAUAGUUGAUAGGAAACGUUGCCAUUGAGGAAUUGGAGAGAAGGCAAGGGAACCGUGCUAAAAUGUGUCAGGUUAUUUAAUGGUUUCUCCUCAGUGGAGGAAAGACACAAAGUGACAGCAAAAAGGGAAGGAAGACAGCCCUCACCUCACCCCAACCCCACCAUCUCCUUCCUCCCUUCCAAAAAAUAAAAAAAAAAAAAAGGGAAGGAAGACGGAAAGUCGUUGGAUUAACUGUACAGUAUGCAGUGGCCAAUAUUAUUUAAACUAAAUCCCAAGAGAAUAGUGGGAUAUCAAAUGUACACAUCUAUACAAAUACUGUGGAAUAAACCCAGGAAGGAUAGAUGUAUUUGCAAGUGGUAUUCCAAAGCAUCCUUCUUUAAAUAAAACAAAUAUUCAGACCACAGGCUUUAACUCAUAUGCAGGGUUUUUUUUUAAAAUCCAGUGUCAAUAGAAGGUUAAAAAUCAAGGGUUUUUAGUAAUACAUACAAUGCCACUUCUUGCCAUCAUCUUGAAAUUAUUAAAAUGGGUGUAGUGAGCUCAGACAAAACCUGAUGCCUUCGUGGGAGAUGGAGCCACAUUUGUGUUCUGGGUGGGAUCGCCUCUGCAGGAGGACGUUACAUUUUCUCCUACAGGCAAAAUGCUUGUAGGUUUUGCCUCUUUAAUUUGUAUUUACUUUUAAAUUGCACUUGUUCACCUACCAGUGUUUACGAAAUCCUGUAUUUGGGAUGCUUUUUCUAUAAUAAAAUAUCAUUUCUGUGUC